AUGGCACCGGGUAACGGGCUGGCGGCCGGGUCACACUCCCAGCUGGACCCAUAUGAAGCAGCGCUGCUGGAACUUGCCCAGACUUCGAACACGCGUGAAGUCUUGUCGCUGUCCCGCAAAGAGUUGCAGGUGCUAGAACUAUAUGACCGCAUCCAGGAACAAGAACUUGAGACAGCCCUGCUAUCACAAGACUAUUCUGAGCCCCGACCUGACGAUGACGAUGAUGAUCUUGAAGCCCAGCUUGAGGCAGCAGAACGCGAGUUGUUGGAGGCCCGAUCUACAUACUCCGUCAGGAGAAAAGCGAUUGAAACAAUCCUCAUGACGGACCCGAGCAUCCAAUCAGUCCACUCCAUAACCGAUUCUCCCGCGGAGAGUAUGCAGGGCACCGCAAAGACCCAGGAGUCGGUGCAGACCCUUCUCGGGCUCACGAGUGUAGAAAAGUCCCGGAGAGAAGCGAUAACAGACCCGGCGCUUAUAUCUCAACUGGAAGCGCAGGAGAAAGAGACAAAGGCUGAGAGAGCGAGCUGGGUGACCAUGAAACGCGUCGUCAGCGCCCUCAUCGUCGCGAGUGGCAUUGAUUGGGCAGCAGAUGAAGGACUUCAUGACUUGGUGGUUGAUGACGAAGAUGAUGAUGUCUCGGACGGCACCUGA